AAUUUCUUUGCAGCUCAGUCUACUUCUCUUUUACGACCAUAUAUUUCUUGGUUCUAUCCUUAACGUUUUCGCGCUUUAGUACAGCGAAUUGGAGGGAGAGUGAUGGCAGCGCUUGCCAGUCAGUUCUCCGGCCUAAGGUGCGCGCCGCUAUCAUCGUCUCCGCUGUCCAGGCCGGGCGCUGCCACUGGGCUGGCUUUAGCGUGGCCGGCGGUUGGGAGCUCGCUGGCUAGCGGCGGCGAAAUUGUCUGCGCGGCGAGGACAGGGGCACCGUUGGCUCUCACGCCCGUGCAAAAGGAGCGGGAGGCUCUUAAGAAGCUGUUCGAGGAGGCUUACGACAGGGCUCGUAUUGCGCCCUUGGAAGGCGUUGCCUUCACCCUCGAGGACUUCCACGCGGCCAUCGAGAAAUAUGAUUUCGAUUCUGAAAUCGGCUCCAAGGUUAAAGGAACAGUAUUUAUGACUGAAGCCAACGGAGCACUUGUUGAUAUUACAGCUAAAUCGUCAGCAUACCUACCCCUCCAAGAAGCUUGUAUUCUGAGAAUUAAGCAUGUAUCUGAGGCUGGCAUAUUUCCUGGAUUAACUGAAGAGUUUGUUGUUAUUGGGGAGAAUGCUGCAGAUGAUAGUUUGAUCUUGAGCUUGAGGUCCAUUCAGUAUGAUCUUGCCUGGGAGCGUUGUAGGCAACUUCAGGCUGAAGAUGUUGUUGUAAAGGGUAAGGUUGUUGGAGGAAAUAAAGGAGGUGUGGUGGUUAUUGUAGAAGGCCUUCGUGGGUUUGUGCCAUUCUCACAAAUAUCAACGAAAUCAACGGCAGAAGAACUUCUUGAUAAGGAGAUCCCUCUGAAAUUUGUGGAGCUUGAUGAGGAGCAGUCUAGACUAGUACUCAGCAAUCGGAAGGCAAUGGCAGACAAUCAAGCUCAGCUUGGAAUUGGAUCAGUGGUCCUGGGAACUGUUCAGAGUCUGAAGCCAUAUGGUGCCUUCAUUGAUAUUGGUGGAAUUAAUGGACUGCUCCAUGUUAGCCAGAUCAGUCAUGACCGUGUUUCUGACAUUUCAACCGUUCUCCAACCUGGUGACACCCUUAAGGUGAUGAUUUUGAGCCAUGAUCGUGAAAGAGGGCGAGUGAGUCUAUCGACAAAGAAGCUUGAACCAACACCUGGUGAUAUGAUUCGUAACCCGAAGCUUGUUUUUGAGAAGGCUGAUGAGAUGGCCCAAACCUUCAGGCAGAGGAUAGCACAAGCAGAGGCAAUGGCUCGAGCUGACAUGCUGAGGUUCCAACCUGAGAGUGGAUUGAGUCUGAGUUCUGAUGGCAUCCUCGGAUCCCUCUCUUCAGACUUGCCUGCAGAUGGUCUUCACUUGGAUGAUGUUCCUCCUGCAGAGGAUGUUGUUUCAUUUUCAGAAGCUAAUAGUGAUACGAAUGAGUAAAUAUUUUAUCAAAAUGAUUCCAUUGCAGGCGUUGUAUUAGCAUAUUCUUCAUAUCCUUUGUUGCUUCGCCUGUUUUCACCACAGAUUUCUUCCAUAUAUACCUUCUUGAAAACUGAUUUAUUCUCACAUUGGCCUUCAUUGUUGUUCUUUCUUUCAGUAAAUAUGAACGCUGCUUCCUUUUUCUAUC